CCUUUCUUUCCUCUUCUUUUUUUCCUUUCCUGUUGUUGCCAUCACCUUCCUUGAUGUCACUCCUGCCAUUGUGAGCCGGCGGGCCCUCCCCUGCCUGGACAGCCCAUCAGUCAGGAGGGGAGGUGGAGCUGUGGAGGCCGGGGGGCCAGUGGUCACACCAACACCUUGGAGUUGGGCUGGGUCUACGUGGAGCCCCAGAGAUGUUCCCCAGCCCAUUCUUCCUAAGAACCAAUGAGUAAAAUUAGGGGCCUCCCACCUGAGGUCAGGGAACCAGGCCCUGGAGUGGAACUUGGGGUGGAAGAUGGCCUUCUUUGUAAACUGAUUCAUUCUCCAGAAUUCAACUUGUUCUCUGACUCGGCAGUGUUUGAAAGCAACUUUAUCCAGACCCACAUACCUGGGGCUGACUUCUAGGUCGCUAAGCCCGGGAACUGGAUGGAUGUCUAUGAAGGGUUGACGACGGUGAUCCUUGGCGUGACCUCCUCUGUGCCCUCAUUGCCACUCCCCAACGUCCUCCUGAUGGCCAAUGUCACCUGGCCCCAGGGUCAGUUUUCCACCUGGAGCACACCUGGUUGUGCCCCAGUCAUCAACCUCAGCAGGAUUCUCCCCUUGAAGUAUGUAGAGCUACAAAUCUAUGACCGGCUCCAACGCAUCCUGAGGGUUAGGACAGUGACCGAAAAGAUCUACUACCUGAGGCUCCACGAAAAACACCCAGAGGCCGUAUUUCAAUUCUGGAUCCGCUUGGUGAAAAUUCUGCAGAAAGGUCUGUCCAUCACCACCAAAGACCCAAGAAUUCAGUUCACUCACUGCCUGGUGCCCAAGAUGUCUUGCAGCUCCACCGAAACAAUAUCUGAAAGCAGCCUCCUGUUAUCCACCCAGCCCAGCGAAAACUUCAUGCUGUUGGCGGCUGAGCAGGCCAGCGGAAGUUUCUCAGAUUUCUCAAGGAGGUCCCAGCUCACAACAGAAAGAAACACUGACGCUGCCAUUGAACUCAACGAUUCCAGCAGCUACAACAAGACGCCCUCUCCAGUGGCAUCGCCAGUCAAUUUGAAUAUACCCAUGAGAGCCGCCUUGAGCCACAGCCUCUGGGAACAAGAAGAUCCAGAUGAGUACUUCCUGCACGUUCCUGUAGCCAGUUCCCUGGGAGAGAACUUGUUGGGUCCCUGACACCUAGCCAACAGGACGAUCUUCCCUGGCUUCACUCGGUAUACUGGAGUGAACCUCCAGUAAUGCUGUUUCCCCACUGUGGCUACAACCUCCAGUAAUGCUGUUUCCCCACUGUGGGCCAAGUGAUCACGGGAGGAAUAAGAUGUUUAUAAACGGUGCUUUCCUACUACCACCAAUAAACCUCCAAGUGAGUUCCUAA